UAAUCAAAUUUGAAUAAAUAAACAGUAUACAUUUAUAAACCAUGAAGCCAAAUUUUAACUUAAUUUUUUUAUUUGGAAUACGUUUGGCAAGUUUAGGUGUAUUUUAACUCAAUUAGUUUGAUAAUUUUUAAAAAUAAUUUAUAACCAUGCAUCACAAAUGUAACUAUCUAUAUAACACUGUAGAUACGAUUGCCAAUUUAUGUUAAAUAUGUGUUAUAUCUAUAUAAUUAUGUAUUACUAAAAAAAACUAAUUACUCCUCGUUUAUUCACAAAAUUUAAAUUACAUUUUUGUUUUCACUUAAAGAUAAAAUUUAGGAGAUCGAAGUUUAGGCGGACCGAGUAUAACAUAAUAUUGCUGUGCCGGUCAUAUUUUUCAUUCUUCAAUUUUCAAUCAUGUAAAAUACAUAUAUUUGGAUGGUCUAUACGUGUUAUGAACAAUACAAUAAAAUUAAAUAUUAGGUAUACUAUAUAAAACAUUAAAAUAAUAAUAUUCGAUUUUAUUUUUCAAUGCAAAAAUAAUUAAAUCGCAACAUGAAAAUACGACCUCAAGGUGAUCGAUAAUAAAAUACAUAAUUUUAUCGUAUUAUAUUAUAGUAUUUUGUAUUAGGUAUGGUUAAUAUUAUAUAUUCGGUGUGGAACUAAUUCAAAUUUAUCAAAUAAGUCAUCAAGUAUAAUUACCUGUCAUUAUCAUUGUAAUAACUGAGUAAACAAUGGCAAACAAAAGCACGGACAAUCAAUUCAAUACUUUAAGAGCAAUAUAUAAUAUAAUAUACAGUUGGUAGUUGGUACCUACAAGUGAUUGUAAACAUAGGUCUAUUUAACCAUAGACUAAUUUAUUCGUGAAGUGUAUCUGUUUAUAUACUUAUCGAAAAUACCAACAUUCAAGAAAGAGGAGCCAUGAAAUAUUAUAUUUUUGUAAUGUUUAUACAGCUGAUAUUCUCAAUUAGUUUGGGAUUGGCUGUCAGUUCAAAACCGUUUUUGAGUUCUCUAAUCGGUCCUUACAAAUUAAUCGUCAAACAAGUUUAUAAUUGCAAUCCUACGCAGGACAAUAAAAUACAUCAUAACUUGUAUGUAAGUCACAAAGAAAAUUCAACGGUGAUCCUUGGAAAUUCUACUUUCGAAGUACCUUUUGACGACACUUUUUUCUUGGAAAUGUAUAUGGCUCUUAAAGAUACGUUUGGAAAUUGGAAGGAAAACGUGUACAUGCAUAAAGUAUCAAAUGCUUGCUCAUCAUUAAAAAAAUUAGUAGGAAACGCAGCGACUCCAUUCAUUCAUGGUCUUGGACUUAAAAGUGCAAAUUGUCCUGUACUUCCGGGUAUUUAUAUAGCUAAUGGUUUGGAUCCGUCAAUUUUUGAGCAAUCCAAUAUGCCAAAGGCGUUUUUUUAUGGAACGUACAAAUUUCAUGCGCAAUAUUCACGAAAAAAUGAAAACUUCGGCUGUCAAGUUUACAUUUUAGAAUUUAAGCGCCCUUGAGUGUCUUGAUGUUUUUUUAACAUUUUUAUGGUUUAUUAAAUAUCUAAAUUUCUCAUCUGAAAAAAACGUAAUUGUACCUUUUUUCUUAAGAAUAUUAAGUAUUUUUAUGAUUCACUUCUAAAAUAGUUAUACGUAAUAUGGUUAAUAGUCUACAACCGUAUAUUAUGGUGAUCAUCUGAAAAAAAUUUGAUUAAAACCUAU